AUGUUGGUGCACUACGGCUCGCAUGGAGAUGCCUUUGGGCGCCCUGAUAGCUCAUUCCCUCCGAAGUACCUGUCUCUUGAGCAGGUCCAACUACGGCCUCGAAGACACUCUUCAGUAACUAGCACGAGGAGAUCAUCCAGACCACAAAAACUACGCAUCAUCACUUCGCCCGUGGCGCCCGCCUAUCGCCCUUCUAGUGCUACCACCCGUACCAAGAAAACAAAGUCGAUACGUCCAAAGCAGGAACAACCGCCUUCGCCCGCCAUGUCCGGAUACAGCGUAAGUGUCACUCCAGUAUUUACAGCAAUCUUCGGUGUUGACUCGUAUGAUCAGUACUCCUCGUCCGACCAAGGUAACUACAGCUAUCAAGCCUCUUAUCCACACUCAGGAGUGCCACAAUAUACUCAAUCUCAAAUCAAUGCCUAUUACGCACAGUAUCAACAAUAUCCACCUCAACCAUACCAAAUCAUCCCAGACUAUUAUACACAACCGGUAACUGUUACACAUACUGCUGGGUAUCAACAACCAGUAGCCAGUGGGUAUGAUGUUGGAAGUUGGCAAAGUCACGGCGACGAUCUAGGAAUGAACACAUCGCAAGGCCCAACUAGAAGUAGUAGCCGCACAAAAACAUGGACCUGCGAUAUCCCCGGCUGCUCUUCCUCAGCAAACUUCACCCGCCUCGCGGACCUUCAGCGCCACCAAUCCACCGUUCACGGUGUCGGGACUCCAGAAUACCCGUGCAACGUGCCCCGCUGUAACCGCGUCGGUGACAAAGGUUUCACGCGAAGAGACCAUUUAGUCGAGCAUCUACGCAACUUCCAUCACAUCGACAUUCCCAAGCGGAGGCCAGGAGAGAGAAGCGCAUUUCCGUUUGGGUGGCCAGAAGGCGCGGGAGGUUCUCAUCACAGCGAUAUCAACAAGAAGCCGUUACGCCGGCAUCACACGAGGCAGGAUCGCCAAAUCACCGUCAAGAAGAGGAGGCAGAGCCGGUGGACGCAGCAGGGGUGGCAGUUCAAGUGCAGGCAUCAGUCGUUUAAGCGCAUCGUCAUUACCGGCAUUACCUCUAUCAACAUCCGCAUCAACGUCGUUAUCAUGGUGGAACGUUCAUCAAGAACAAGAAUUGCAUUCUUCAUCAAUUCAAUUACAGAAUGA